CGAAAAGGGAAAUGGAAAAAAGAAAAGUGGAAGGCCAAGAGAAGAUGCAAUGUAUUGUAUCUCAAAGGAACAAGUACUCGUAAAAGAAGAAGAAGAAGAAGAUCAAGUGAUCUAGAAGAAGUGGGAGAACAUGGACUACGUGCAGGCUUUCAGCAUCAACGAUACGAAACGUUGCAUUACGCGCACAUACAUGCGACAAUACUGUGCCAAUGUGGGGUUGACAAUUGUCAGUGACAAAAUUUCGAAGAAUCCUUGCCGAAUACGGUUGAUCGUUGCUUUUCCACGAAGUAAAAGGAACACGAAGGGAGGGAGGAAUAAACAAGAUCGACGAGAUCUCAGCUCAAACAUUCCUCGGGGCAUCCCACGAAGAUCGGGAUGCCAUCGGAUUGACACCGGUACCAUGGCAGCGGAUCUCUAUGCGAAUGGCUCUUUAAAGUCAACGUCCGCCAGGGCCGUAGGCAGCAUGGGACAACGUAAAUCGGGCGCCCCGGGCGCCGCGGCGCCGAUAUCGACGGAGGAAGAGCAGCUGAAGUUUCAAGACAACAGAUUUCUAGCGACUUUGGUGCUUGGCAGAAGUAGGAGGAUCUCGCCAGACGUGCUGAAUGAAAGGGUUGGAGCGACAGCUGUAGUGCACGCGGCGUUUUGCAUUCCGCGACAGGAGAAAUGCGCGAUCAAGCGAAUAAACUUGGAAAAAUGGAACACAAACAUGGACGAGCUAUUGAAAGAGAUACAGGCGAUGUCUUCUUGCAACCACGAAAACGUCGUGACGUACUACACAUCGUUCGUGGUGAAAGAGGAACUCUGGUUGGUCUUAAGAUUGCUAGAAGGUGGAUCUCUGCUGGAUAUUAUCAAACAUAAAACCAGAACCACUAAUUGCAAGCAUGGAGUAUUCGAUGAGGCCACUAUAGCUACAGUACUUCGAGAAGUACUCAAGGGACUUGAAUAUUUCCACAGCAACGGACAGAUACACAGGGACAUAAAAGCGGGUAAUAUCCUACUAGGCGAGGAUGGCACAGUGCAGAUCGCCGAUUUUGGUGUCAGCGCGUGGCUCGCGACCGGACGUGACUUGAGCCGGCAGAAGGUUCGGCACACCUUCGUCGGUACGCCUUGUUGGAUGGCGCCCGAGGUCAUGGAGCAGGUGAGAGAGGACCAUGGCUACGAUUUUAAGGCCGAUAUAUGGUCACUUGGCAUCACGGCGAUCGAGAUGGCAAGCGGCACGGCGCCGUAUCACAAAUAUCCUCCGAUGAAGGUCUUAAUGCUGACGCUGCAGAACGAUCCGCCGACUUUGGAUACCGCUGCGGAUGACAAGGACCAAUACAAAGCAUACGGAAAAACAUUCCGAAAAAUGAUCGUCGACUGUUUACAAAAAGAUCCUACUAAGAGACCAACAGCCACUGAGUUGCUAAAACAUCCCUUUUUUAAAAAAGCCAAAGAUAAAAAGUAUCUACAGCAAACGUUAGUUGCGAUUGGACCCAGUUUAGAAACACGUGUACAAAAGGCAUCAAAAAGACAACCUGGCACGUCGGGUCGUUUGCACCGAACGGUAACCGGAGAAUGGGUCUGGUCGGAAGAAGAGAACAACGGUGACUCGAGCAGUGAUGAAGGCAAAGAGACGUUACCGGUCAACACAAUCGAAAAGGCCAGCAGUGACGAAGAAGCUGGCGAGCCUGACGAAUGCUAUGGUCAAAUUAGGGUAGCACCGAGCCAAAUGGCUUUGCCAGCAACCGGACAAAAUACACCUAUAAACUUGGUGCUUAGAUUACGAAAUGAAAAACGGGAGCUAAAUGAUAUUAGAUUCGAUUUUACUGUUGGAAUUGACUCUGCACAAGGUAUCGCAGCGGAAUUAGUUGCUGCGGGCUUGGUCGACGGCAAGGACAUUGUAAUGAUAGAAACAAAUCUAAAAAAACUGAUAGAGAGUGGAGGACAAUUGCGAACAGUGACAUUUUCCUUGAACACUGGUUAUGCGGUGAACGAAAUACCAGAUGACAAGGCGUUAAUAGGAUUUGCUCAGAUCUCCAUCACUGAAUAAACAACCUCGAUUGCGUUCUGAACUUUCGGGCUAGUGUUCUUAAUUGAUACAUUCGCCAAGAUACAGAGAGUACCAAAAGCUAAUGAAUCGGUUAGGUACUAUUUCUCAAGCUAUUUCAGGCUAAACUCUAAAUAGUAAAAAGAAAGUCUCGGCACAUACAAACAUACAAGAAUAGGAGUUACUUGUAAUGCCGUUACCGUUACUAUUACUUUCUUAUUAUAACGGUUUGAUAACAAUAAAUUGUAAAUAACAUUACAAUUACACUCAUAAUGGUAAUGUGAUAGCGUCAUUAGAAAAGUUACUUUUAAAAAAUAACUUGUUACUGCACGCAUUACGCGUUACUUAUUUAAAA